AGCAAGAAGCAAGAGUCUCAUCAUGGCUCCUCAGGCUUACAGGCUGGGGCUUCUCUGCUUUCUGCUCCAGCUUCAGGGACCCCUAGGGGCUGUAGUUUUCGUAAGCCAGGAGGAAGCACACAGUGUCCUACACAGGCAGAGGCGUGCCAACUGGUUCAUUGAGGAGCUGUGGCCGAGCUCCCUGGAGAGAGAGUGCAGGGAGGAGCUGUGCUCCUUUGAAGAGGCCCAGGAGAUCUUCAAGGACCCUGAAAGGACCAAGCAGUUCUGGAUUGUUUACACCGAUGAGGACCAGUGUGCCUCGAAUCCGUGCCAGAAUGGGGGUACCUGCCAGGAUCAUCUCCAGUCUUACAUCUGCUUCUGCCUCCUAGACUUUGAGGGCCGGAACUGUGAGAAGAACAAGAAUGACCAGCUGAUUUGUGCCAAUGAAAAUGGUGGCUGUGACCAGUACUGCAGUGACCAUCUGGGGACCAGACGCACCUGCAGCUGUCAUGAGGACUAUGUGCUACAGCCAGAUGGGGUGUCCUGCAAACCAAAAGUUGAGUACCCAUGUGGGAGAAUCCCUGUUCUGGAGAAGAGAAAUUCCAGCAGCCCCCAAGGCCGAAUUGUAGGAGGCUAUGUGUGCCCCAAAGGGGAAUGUCCAUGGCAGGCUGUGCUGAAAACCAAUGAGUUAUUGAUGUGUGGGGCCAUCCUGUUGGACACCAACUGGGUAGUGACGGCAGCCCACUGUUUUGAUAAUAUCUGGAGCUUGAAGAAUGUAACAGUGGUGAUGGGCGAGCAUGACCUCAGUGAGACGGAUGGGACGGAGCAAGUACGGCACGUGAUACAGCUCAUCAUCCCGGACAAGUACAUCCGAGGCAAGACUGACCAUGACAUUGCCCUAAUUCGCCUCCACCGGCCUGUGACCUUCACUGACCAUGUGGUAGCCCUGUGCCUGCCUGAAAGGGCCUUCUCUGAGAACACCCUAUCCAGAAUCCGCUUCUCAAGGGUCAGUGGCUGGGGCCGGCUGCUGGACCGUGGUGCCACAGCCCUGGAACUCAUGGCCAUCGAAGUGCCCCGACUGAUGACCCAGGACUGCCUGGAGCUUGCCAAGCACAGUCCUAACACCCCUGAAAUCACACCCAACAUGUUCUGCGCUGGCUACAUUGAUGGCAGCAAGGAUGCCUGCAAGGGGGACAGCGGUGGACCACACGCCACACACUACCAUGGCACGUGGUACCUGACAGGUGUGGUCAGCUGGGGGGAGGGCUGUGCAGCCGUGGGCCACAUUGGGGUGUACACCAGGGUCUCUCGGUACACCGAUUGGCUGAUCAGACUCAUGGACUCCAAGCUCCAGGUUGGGGUUCAGCGAAUCUCACUACUCUAGCUCCUUGGACAGCCCAGCCCUUUCUGAAGAGGAAGCUGCUGCCAUGUGGAGCUGUUUUGCAUCAAAUCCUAUUGACUCUCCUGCUAUUUGGGGGGUGGGGAGGGAGA